AUGUCAAGAAAGAGAAUGGUAGCCAAGAACUCUUCUGUGACAGAGUUCAUCCUCGCAGGCCUAACGGACCAACCAGGACUCCAGAUACCUCUGUUCUUCCUAUUUCUAGGCUUCUACCUGAUCACAGUGCUCGCAAACCUGGGCCUGAUCAUCCUAAUAGCACUGAACUCUCACCUGCACAGCCCCAUGUACUUCUUCCUCUUCAACCUCUCCAUAAUAGAUCUAUCUUACUCCACCACCAUCACCCCCAAAAUGCUGAUGAGUUUUAUCUCCACGAAGAACAUGAUCUUGCAUGCUGGGUGCAUGACUCAGCUCUUUUUCUUCUGCUUCUUUGUAAUUUCUGAGUCCUUCAUCCUUUCAGCAAUGGCCUAUGACCGCUAUGUUGCAAUUUGUAACCCACUGGUGUACACAGUCACCAUGUCUUCCCGGGUGUGUUCCCUCCUCUUAUUAGGUGUUUAUGGGAUGGGGCUUGCUGGUGCUGUCAUCCACACAGGCAGUAUAAUGAGUCUGACCUUCUGUUCUGACAACCUUAUCAAUCAUUUCAUGUGUGAUAUCUUUCCUAUUCUUCAGCUCUCCUGUAAUAAUACUGAUGCGAAUCAGUUGGUGGUCUUUAUUGUGGUGGCUAUUGACAUUGGAAUACCAAUUGUCACCAUCUGCAUUUCUUAUGCUCUCAUCCUGUCUAGCAUUCUUCACAUUCGUUCCACAGAGGGUAGGUCAAAAGCUUUCAGCACCUGCAGCUCCCACAUGAUUGUGGUUUGUCUUUUCUUUGGUUCUGGGGCUUUUGUGUAUUUGAAACCACCAUCUGUUUUGCCCCUUGGCAAAGAAAAAGUGUCUUCCUUGUUCUAUACCAUUGUGGAACCUAUGCUAAAUCCAUUGAUCUAUAGCUUUAGGAAUAAGGAUGUUAAAAUUGCCAUCAGGAAAAUCUGGGGCAGAAAAAUAUUUUCUUAA